GUAGGGUUUUUGUAGGGCUUUGGAAGAAAAAGCAGAGAAGCAGUUGAUCGACUUAAACCCUAGUUAUUUAUCAUCUCCAUAUAUGCUAUAUACAUACAUAUCUUCGUCAAUCGUCAUCUUCCCUUAAUCUUUAUACUAUAGAAUAGGAAACGGAAAUGAUUCGAGGAGGGAAGAGCUUUGUUUCUUCGCCUCCGGCGUUUUCAAACGAUGCGAAGAAGCUUCUAGUUUGCACAGGAAAUACCGUCUCCAUCUUCAGCACCUCCACUGGCUUGCAGAUUACUGAGUUGGGAGGUCACACUGCACUUGUGACAUCGGUCAUAGUGGUGCCGGCUUCUACACCUGCGAGUAAAAUCUUGUGCUAUUGUUGGACUGCUUCUCUCGAUGGGACGAUUAGGUAUUGGGAUUUUUCCGUGCCGGAGUUAAUGAAGACGAUCAAUAUUCGGUUCCCAAUUCACUCCAUGGUGAUUCCAGAAUUAUCCGGCCAACAACCAGAGAGCAAUGAUAAGCCACCUCAUCUUUUUGCUUAUUUAUCUGCAGUAGAUGUGAAAGAACAGGAGCACAGGCCUAAUGCUUCAUCUGGACAGAUCCGGAAGUGCAACUUAACUGAAUCUCGUCUAGCUGGUGGAGUUAUUCUUGCAGAGACUUGGAAACCAGAAAUUAUAACCAGUAGUCCAUCUGGGAAGUACUUUGGCAUCCGUGACAAGCGCAAGCUUCGAAUAUGGGAAGUACCAACAAAGGAUUCUGCGCGUGCUGUGUACAAGAAAAUUACGUUGCAUCAUACCAAAAGCUUCACCACUUUUGCUUUUCAUCCAACCCAUAGAAUUCUAGCAGCAGGUGAUGUGACAGGGAGGAUCUUAAUUUGGAGGAGUUUUGGUAGAAGAACAUUUUCUGAUUGUGAUCCAAUAAUAAAUGGAGGACCCUCAACAAAUGAUGAUGAAAGGCCUGGGGGGAGGAGAGAUGAUGAUGCUGACUCUUGCAGCACAUGGCAUUGGCAUUCUGCGGAAGUGAAGGUUCUUUUUUUCUCUUCUGAUGGGGCCUAUUUGUACUCAGGAGGGAAAGAAGGAGUUCUUGUGGUUUGGCAGCUAGACACAGGGAAAAAGAGAUUUCUACCCAGAAUUGGAUCUCCACUUUUAUAUUAUUUAAAUUCUCCAGAUCCUUCACUUUCCUCUAUAUCCUGUGCAGAUAAUCAGAUUCAUUUUUUGAAAAUGCCUUCAAUGGAGAUUUUGAAGUCCAUUUCAGGGAUCAAGCUUCCUGGUUCAGUUCCAGAGGUAUGCAAAGGCUUGUAUAGCGGUUUUGUCUUUGAUUACACAGGUGGGCAAGUAGCCGUAUGUGCAGAAAAUUACUGCAUCCAAUUGUACAGCUUGUUAGAUGACUGUGAAGUUUCAGAGGUUCAAGUCUGUGAAAGAAACCUUCAAUUAGGUGAUGAAGUCACGGUAAUGGUUAAUUUAGUGGCCCUCUCCUUAGAUGGUUCUACGAUGAGUACUAUUGAAACUAGGCUUCCUGAAGACGGAAUAGGUGGGCUUGUAAGUCUUAAGUUUUGGACAUGUGGGUCUCAGACUAAAGAAUUCAGCUUAUCCACUGUUAUAUAUGAACCACACAGGGAUGCUGGUGUUUCUGGAAUUGGUUUCCAUCCUACACGCCACAUGGCUGUCAGCUCAUCCUAUGGUGGUGACUUCAAGAUUUGGGUUCGCAGCCAUGAGGUCCUGCAGAAGGAUCAGAUGCUUCCAAUGACCGGAUGGACGUGCCAUGCUGUUGGUUCAUAUAAAAAGAAGCCCAUGACUGCUGCCACAUUUUCAGCCGAUGGUUCUGUUCUGGCUGUUGCUGCAGAAACUGUUAUUACAUUGUGGGAUCCACAGAGGAAUGUUCUUGUGGCUGUAAUUGGAGAGAGUAUUGAGCCAAUUGUGACCCUGUCAUUUGUUGGAAAGUCCGAUUAUCUUGUGUCUGCAUCCCAAGGUUCAAACUCACAAGUAUCUGUUUGGAGCAUGUCAAAGCUCUGUGCAUCUUGGUCUUAUAAGCUGCACACAGAAGCUGUAGCCUCUACAGUGGACGAUUCCUGCUUUGCUGUACUUGCCCUUCUCCCCAAGUCAUCCAAGUCCAUGGAGUCCAAUGAAAACACGAUACAGGGUACUGAUGGAGUAAUCCUAUUAUUUAAUGUAGGAGAUCCAGUUCCGGCUUCUACCUGGUUUGUGAGGAAGGCCAAGGGAGGUGGACUUGCUUUUAUUAAAAUAAGUCCUAGAUCCCCAGAAGAUAUUACAGAUGGAAAACCAGGACAAACAUUGCUUGCUUACAUAAAUGAUGAUCAUGAAUAUGUCCUCUUCAGCCCAUAUGGCGAGCAAGUGCAUGAUUAUGUUACUCAUCCGAGAAGUCAUUUUGGCAUUGACGAAACAGAGCAAUUUGGAUAUGCAACUAUAUAUGGGGAACUGCCUGAAUUCAACUUAAAGAGAAAUCAAACUACAGAGGUUUCAUUUGUACCAUCUGAAAGGCCAUGGGAAACCAUAUUCAGUGGAUCAUCUCAUAACCUUCCUCCUCUCACCAAAUUGUGUUCAAUGUUUUUGGAGUCAUUGCUAGAAAAGAGAACUGCCAUUGUAGAGUGACUAUCGAAUCCAAUUACCAAUAAGUUGAUCUCGUUGCAUGGAGGUGCAAAUGUAAGCAAGUUCUCCAGUUGUCUCUCCGGCCAAUACUGUCAGAAUCAAAAUGGAAGUUUUAUGGUUGACAUACGAAACCCGAAAACCGUGUCAACUCUGAAAUGGGUACAUACAGUGGGGUUAAUGGAGCAAUUGGUUAUAUAAGGUAUGGGCGAGUGCUUUGAAGGCCAUAUAAAGCAUUGUAACAGCCCGGUUGAGUUAACAAAAGCUAGGUUGCUCUGCUUUUGCAAUUUUGUUGCUUUCAAUAGAGAGCAUGUUUCAAACUUUUCACCUGUGUUAAAUUGGAAUGUAGCGUCUUCAGGUAAUGAAGAUGUCUUAGUUCCCUAGUUGUACCGAUGAAUGUAGUAGGAUGAUGGGCUAUUCCGUCAUUGGCAUUUAACAAUUAGCGUUAACAAGUGCAUGUCUUGGUUAUAACCUACAUACCGACUAUCCUGCUGAUGUGCGACUGAUAUCUUAGUAGAACUAAUUUUGCAUUUAAUCAGACGUUGCUGUGUUUCCUGACCUCGUUUAUAAGGUAGAGAGGUGUAUGUGUGGGUUUGGUAGUAAG